AUGGCAUCCUCAGAUCGUCGGAAACUUGGUCUUUUAAAUCUAACCCAUGGAGUCACCAAUGGGGACUCAAGUACCUUCUCCCCAGUUCUUUGUACACCUACGGAGUCGCCUACCGCGAGUCCCAGCCAUGAUUCACAAAUUGUGGAAGAAGAGGAACGAGCCGUGCGACGCCUACUCGAAUCGUGGAUGGAUCGACUCCAAUUGAUCAGCGUUCUCGCAAUAUUCUUCGCUUCCACUGAGGCGACGCUCCUGAGCAUUACGAUGCCGCAAGACCAAUACAAUCCAGACCUUUCUAUUGCAUCCCAAGCCGCGAACGUUGGCCUCACAGGGGGGCUGCUUCUUCACAUCCUAGCAGCAUUUAUAUCAUUUCUGGGAGGCUUCUUUCUGAUUAAAUACCGCAUCAUGUGGGCUAAAGUCGAGCAAGAUACAGUCAUCAUGAGAAGAAAUCACGGCUCUGGCUCUGGCAGCACCGAUGCAUUCUUCCCCUCCCCCACCGCCGCAGAGCGCUCUGAUAUUGACCUCGGCGUAGGCGGCGCUGGGAAGCUUUACACGGCCACCGGAAACAUGAGUGGAAUUCCUCAAUAUCAAUACGCACAGCCAAUGAUGACAACCCAGCACCGAGUACAAGAAGCUUCCGCUGACUCGACUUCCCAUUUUUGCUUCACGCGCCCUCCACCAAGUCUCACGGAAAGCCCACGCAAACGCAGCAGGCGCAGAUCAAUCUGGGUGCUCAAGGAGUAUCCAAGUGUAUAUUCAUCUAACCACAACAGGGUAACUUCGGGUGCCGGAGCUACUACUCGUGGGUCAGGAUCUGGCCAGGCGACGGUCAACGACCUUCCAGGCCGCAAACUCCAUCCCCUCCCCACAAAGCUCCUUCAACGCUUUCACGUCCUAUGCGUCAUACUUACGCUACUUGGUUUCGUCUUCAGCUUGCUCGGAAUUGUGUGUAAUGUCUGGGAGCGGCUCCCCCAUGUCGUAGGGAUCGCGUGCACAAUCUUCGUGUGCACUACACUGGUUAUUGUACUUGGGAUGAUAUUUAUCCCCGACUUAGAUCCAGAGGACAAUCUAGUAUACCCAAGCAGCUGA